AUGUGCUGCACACAGGCCGCCUCAUGUUUCAGUUGGUACGAUAUUCGAGAUAUCGGGGACUGCGACUACCUGAUGAGCCCCAAGAAGGGCGAAACCGGUCGUGGGCUAAGCCGCCUCACUUUACAUCUGGUGGAAUAUUCAAAAUAUCGAAUAGUUCCCCAAGGUAAGCUACUCACAAGGUUUUUGAAAACUCUUCGGCAGCCCACGACCCGUUUCGCCCUCAUUGGAGCCCAACAGGCGAAGUCCCUGAGUUUCCAUCAACCCAAUAGCUCUACUCGAACCCGAAUUGGACUGUUUCUGAGAUAUACACUCAUUUGCAAAUCUACAACUGAAUGUGCUGCACACAGGCCGCCUCAUGAUUCAUUUGGCACGAUAUUCGAGAUAUCGCUGUAUAUUUUCAUGAGGAAAACAACUCACAAAAUUGCUGAAAACUCUUCGGCGGCCCACGACCGUAGGCAAAGUCCCCGAGUUUCCGUCAACCUUAUGUUCUACUUGAACCCAAAUUGUACUGUUUUUCGAGAAAUACACUCAUUUGCAAAUCAAUUUGGUUUUUCACGAGAGAUUCAACUGAAUUUCGCGUUUGUGAUGUUCUACAACUGA